AUGACUCUGGAAGGGAUAUCCGAUGCCCACGCAAUCCUGCUUGCGACUCACAUCUGCGCAGGCGGCAACGUGAUCGACCUCCCUACUCUGCAAGCGCAAUACCCUCAUUGUUUGUCGUUGGAACGCCUCCUACGCAUCAUCUUGACAUUCCUACCCGAGAGCAUAGAACCGUCCCAAUAUGUUCCAGUGCUCCAUGAGCUGACUGGAACUUCCGAGCGUACAAACGAAGGCCGUGAUAUUGAUAUUUCUGCCGUCAAGAACCUCUCUGAAUCGGAAGCAAGGCAGCGCGUGCGGAAGCUCCGCCUCCGACCUUUAAAGCGGGACGACGAAGAAGAGGAGGUGGAAGCGUGUGACCCUUUGACUAUAUUUCUUAUUCACCGCGCACACUUGAUUGAUACGGAAACUGCUCUCCAGCCACUAGUUCUCGACCUCAUUCUUCCCUUCUACGAACAGCAACCAGUGGUUCGAGCAUGGCUGAUCUCAAGCCUACUACCAGCACUUCGACUCAAUUACGAAUAUUAUCCAAACCGUGACGGUACUUUAUCACUGGAGACCCUGGAAGAGUUGGAUGAUCAGACUGCGGUCAAUAUUUUGUUGUCCAUUGCUGGACCAGAGAGGAGCGAUAUGGAUUUAGUCAACAACUUGAGAGGACUAAUUGGUCCCUGGCUCUAUGGAAGCAACCGAUCGAAGCGGCGAAGAUUGAAUGAAGCGGCCCAACAAAAUUCGAUUUCCUUCGUCGAGGGAGCACCAAAGCCCGAGCUCACUGAGCUGGUUGGUUGGGAACAUGUGAACGAAUGGCUAUUGUCGCGGAGUCUAGUGGAUCCCGACAACGUAGUCAAUGCCUUUGUCAAUUGGAAUGGGCCCGAGGAUGUUGAUCUGGGUGGAUAUGACGAGAAUGGUGCCCAAAUUUCAUCUGAAACCGCAAAGGCGUUGCUGAAUCGGUAUGGCCAAUCUGGCCUGGCCGUGGUAUAUGCCCAGGCGGAUUCAUCUAAGGGCUCACUUGAAGGUUCCUUCAAAAUUUUGUCGCGGGUUACUGAGCUGCUCGGUCUCGAAGAACAUUCAUAUCUGUCAUCCUCAGAUACUGUCCUCCCCUCUGUGGAUUUUGAUGCAGACUUGAUCUCGUCAACCUUGCGUGCUCAUUUAUUGCAGAACGCUCUUUUAAGGCCGCAAAAUCUUCUAACAUCGCCGUCGCCCUCUUCCAUUGCAUUCGCAAGUGCCUUGCUCCUGUCUCUACGCAUCUUGACCAAUCUUGGCCAUGCGAUCCCCUGCCGGGUCGCAGCAAGCAUGUGCCUUCACAGCAAUGAGGAUAUGCAAAUGGCAGAGCUGCAAGCUGUGGUAGCAUCUAUGGUGAAGCAGCCUCGAUCAAAUGAAGGUUGGGAGAUAGCCCGGCAGCAGCUGCUCUGGCUUCGGGAUUGGCAGGCAGAGCACUCUGAUAAUGGCUGGGAUGAGCCAUCCACCCACCACGGUCUCUUUUGGAGAUUAUCGCGAGGUGCUGUUGAAAUAGAGAUUCUCAAGGCCCUACUUGGAGCCAAAGAAUAUCAAUUGGCCGUCGAUCUAUAUACUCGGACAGAGUCAGCACCACUGAGUGCCACUCAAGUGGAAAAGUCCGUGGUGGAAGCUAUCUUCUCCGUCUAUGAUAAUGCAAGCAAUGGCAACCGGACCCGUGGAGGCAUGAAGAGAGCCUAUGAUAUCUUGCAAGCAUUCCAGCCAUAUUUUCCUGACUCGGUCUCGCUAAAGCAGAUCGGUGCCCUGAUAGCAGCAACCCAUGCGCUAUCAUUCUACUCAUUGAUUCUCCAACAUGGCGUCCCAUUCCAGCCAGUCAGCAUCCGUGUCCACCACGACCCCCUCUCACUAGUUGAGAAAGUGCUCGAACAAAAUGACAAAAGCUACACAAAGCUCGACGACCUCCUCUUCAUUGGCCGUAACCUAGUCACAGGCUUGCCCACAUCAACUGAAACAGAAGACCAAGUCUCAGACACCCUCAUCACAGCCGAACGUCGAAUCACCUCCUUAGCCAUCUCCUCCGCUCUAUCCUCCAACGACUUCGACGACAUCUCCUGGCGCGCAGUCUACAAUGCAGGUCGCUUCCGCUCCACAACACCCAACCCCUCAACCCCCCUCACAUCUCAAAUAAACCACCUCUCCCAACGCAUGGAACUCCUCUCUCUAGCCCUUGUCCUAACCCCAACACCCGACCCUCUUCCCGAAAUCCUAGGUGCCUGGCGCCGCUGCGACGAGGAAAUGUCAUCCCUCCGUGCCCGUGAGCAAACAGAGGAAGAAGUCUGGGACGCUAAGGGCGACAGUCUAUCUACUGUACCAGGUGGCUUUGGACCUUCAGACUCGGAGCGCGACGCCUUUGAUACUGCGCAACAGCGUGCAGCUAGAAGAGCGCGUGCGAGGGCUGCAAUGCCGAAUUCGCAUCCACAUGAGGCGCCUAUGGGGUUGUUUGAGGUUGCGAGGGGUGCUGCGAUGGCUUUGCAUAAGAACGCGUUUCCGUUGCGGGGUGCUGCGGCUUCCAGUUCCAAUCCGGCUGCUGCUGGAGCUGGAACGGAAAUGCAAGGGAGCGACGGCGAGUUUUCGGAGCAUGGUGAUCGUGUGCGUAAGAGAGAUAUGGUUAGUAAUAUGGUUACUGGGGGUUUGGCGAGUGGAAUUGGAUGGGUUUUGGGUGCCGAGCCAGUGAAUCGGUAG